AGUACUAAGAAUGUUAGUAUCAGUCUGAUACCUUGUCGAUGUUACAAAAAGACCUCUACUUUGCUCAAUAUAAUCCAACAUGUGACUAUUUACCUUGUUAAUUUUCUGACCAUGACGUUUUAUUGAUGCCAGUAUUGACAAGAGCGAAAGUCCCGCCUCGACAUGCGGAAGUAGUUUCUUCUCGCCACACGAUUGUUGUUGUGUAACGUCGUGACCGUCCAACGUCCAACGAGACACUUUGGGGGGGGGGGUUAGUUUUUUUUUUCUGCUGCAAGUGGUGAAAAAACAUCUGGAAGUUUUCAUUUGUGGCGCCAUUAUUCAGUCGAAACAACAAACUUAAGUGUCCAGGAGAGGGCGCGCUGGUCGUCACCAUGGCAACGAGGCUCCAGCGCGUGGCGGUGGUUGGCGCCGGGGCAGCGGGACUGUGCGCCGCCAGGCACAUCCUGUCCAGACCGGACCGCUUCGCCCCGCCGGUCUUGUUGGAGCUGUCGGCCCACGUGGGCGGGACUUGGUGCUACGAGGAGCCAGUGGGGACGGGCGAGGACGGGCGGACGCUUCUCAGCAGCAUGUACCGUCACCUCAGAACCAACCUUCCCAAGGAGGUGAUGAUGUUCCCGGACUUCCCCUUCCGGGAGCAGCCCAGCAGCUUCCUGCCCCACCAGGAAGUGCGGCGCUACCUGGAGGACUACUGCGCCCACUACAAGAUCGGCCCUCACAUACGACUGCGCACGGCGGUGGAGGCCGUGAAGGCCGUCGUCACGCCGACGGAGGCGACCUGGGAGGUGACGUCAUCAAACGGCCGCCGGAGGACGGAGACGUUUGACUCGGUCUUCGUGUGCUCGGGGCAUUAUUCUGAUCCCUACAUCCCGGACGUGGCCGGCGUGGACAAGUUCAAAGGUCAAGUCCUCCACAGCCACGCCUACAGGAGCGCAGACGCCUUCGCCGGUCUGUCCGUGGUGGUUCUGGGGGCGCACGCGUCCGGGUUGGACAUUUCCUUGGAGUUGGCCAACGUCGGCGCUCAGGUGACUCUGAGUCAUGGCCGGCCUCCUUUCACCUUCCCUCUGCCCGCUGAGAUCCAACAAGCUGGUCUGGUGGCGGCGGUGGAGGACGACGGCAGCGUUGGCUUCCAGGCGGGUGCAGGCGGACGUCCUGCUCUUCUGCACCGGCUACAAGUUCAGCUUCCCCUUCCUGGACGCCGGGCAGCUGGCGCUGGACAUCCAGGACCACUUGGUGGCGCCGCUGUACCGCUUCAUGAUGCCGCCCGCCUUCCCCUCACUCUUCUUCAUCGGCCUCUGCAAGACCAUCUGCCCCUUCCCCUACUUCCACUGUCAGGUCCAGUUCGCUCUGGCCACGCUGGAAGGUUCCGUGGCUCUGCCGACCCGGGCCCAGAUGGAGGCCGAGGUCCUGCUGGAGAUGCGGGAGAAGGCGGAGCGCGGCGUGGCGCCGCGGCACCUGAUGGUGAUGGAGCGGGACCAGUGGGAGUACCUCGCCACGCUGGCCAGCGACGCCGGCUUCCCGCCGCUGCCUCCGGUGGUACGCAGCCUGUACGAGGAGGUGUGGCGACAGCGGCAGGUCCACCCCCAAGACUACCGCCGCCUCAACUACAGGCUGGUGAGCGACGCCCAGUGGCAACUGGCCCACGCAGAGUCAGCCGUUACCAUGGCAACUGAAGGAAAGUAGGGCUAGUCUGCCUUUAAAGAAAGGUGCUUUCAGUCAUGAAGUCACACCUUUAGGGGCGAUGACUGUAAACAGGAAGUGAAGGAAGUCAUGUGAUCACGUCUCACGCAUGAAGAGCAGCGUGACGUGCAUGGCGUGGUGUGAUGCCCUCGCAGCGUCGCGUGCACGGGUGUCCCAAGUGCGGCAGCUCAUUUUUUAAUAGCCCACCGCACAAUCGAAAAGUACUUUUUAAAAAAGUUGACUUAUUUUUAAUCCCCAAUAAUUUAGUGGGAUUUUGUUUAUCUGUCAUUAAUCAAAACUGGUAAUAAAAUUACAAUCAAUUUUUUGAUUUUUUUUUUUUUAACUGUCCAUCAAAAAUAGUAAUAAAAUUAAAAUAAAUGUUUAGAUCUUUUUUUAACUCCUUUAAAAAAUAGUAAAAUUAUAAUCAAUUUGUAGAUUAUUACUCAAUAAAAAAUAGUAAAAGAUAAAAUAAAUGUUUUGGUAUUUUUUUUAGCUGUCAAUCAAAAAUAGAAAAAAUGUAAAUACAUUUUGGGGUUCUUUUAACUGUCAAUAAAAAUAGAAAAAAUGUAAAUCCAUUUUUUGAUUAUUUUUUUUUCACUGUCAAAAAUAGUAAUACAAUUAUAAAUCUUUUUUUUAACUCAAUCAAAAAUAGUAUAAAUUUAAAUUUUGAUUCAUUUUGACUGUCAUUAAUCAAAAAUAGUAACACAAUUAAAAUUUCUAUUUUUUUUUAACUGUCAUUAUUUUUUUAACUGUCAAUAAAAAAUAGUCAAAUUAAAAUCAAUUUGUAGAUUUUUUUUAACUAAUCAAAAAUGAUAAAGAUAAAAUCCAUGUUUUUAUAUUUUUUUACUGUCAAUCAAAAAUAGAAACAAUGAAAAUACAUUUUUGAUUUUUUUUUAAUUGUCAAAAAUAGUAAUAAAAUUAAAAUAAUGUAAUUUUUUUAACUCCAUCAAAAAUAGUAAUUUAAUUUUUGAUUCUUUUUUACUGUCAUUUAUCAAAAAUAGUAACACAAUUUAAAUGUAUAUAUUUUGUAACUGUCAUUCAUUAAAACAAAUAAAUUAAAAUGUUUUUGUUAUUAAAACCUGUCAUUGCUAAAAAAAAAAAAAAAAAUCAAUAUUCUGAAUUUUUAUUAUUAAAAACUACCAUUGCUCAAAAAUGUAUAAUUAAUUAAAAUCAAUGUUAUGAAUUAUUGACCUCUUUAAGGCUCCAAUUACUUCACAUAAAAUAUUCCACUUUGAAAAUGUUUUGGGAGAAAUAUUGCAUAGUUUGUUUUUGCCAUAAAAAAACAUGGUUCUCUUUAAAAAAAAAAAAGGGCAUAAAAAAAAAUAUAUAUAUUUUUCAACUUGAUAUCGACAGACCUGAAGUUGAUCUAGCUGUAAGCCUUGAAUGAAAAAUUACUUACUUUUAACAUUUUUAUGACUGAGACCCUUUUGAGUCCCCGGGACUAAACUUGUGGGGAGACUUGGAAGUUAAAACAAAAUGUAUAUAUUGUAGGGCUGUUCAUUUUUAGGCACUUCAGAAUCGAAUCUCCAAAACGAUUCUCCAUUCAACAAUACUUUUUAAAUAACUUUGGGUGCCAACUAACUGGUUUUGUUGAAUAAAAUUCUACCUAAACAUUUAAUAAAGUCAAAUACAAAUAAGACAACAAGAGAAGUAUCCAACACUUCUCUUUUCUAAUGUAAAUAUGUUCAGCAGAUAUAGAUCAUCUACAUCAACUAUAUGAUUUGUCUUAAUUCACUGCAGAACAAUUCAGUGUAAAAAAAAGUUGUGGACAGAAAUUCAGUGUAUUAAAAAAAAAAAAUUCUGGUCAGAAAUAUUCAAUGCAAAAAAAUUCAGUGCAGAAAAAUUGUGUAAAAAAAUCAGUGUAUAGAAAUUCAGUGCAAGAACAUUUCAGUGUCUAAAACUUCAGUGCGGAAAAAAUAUGGGCAGCAAUAUUCAGUGUAAAAAAAAUCAGUGCAAAAUGUUUAAAAAACUGUAUAGAAAUUCAGUGUAAAAUAAAAUUCUGGGCAGAAAUAUUCAAUGCAAAAAAAUUCAGUGCAGAAAAACUGUGUAAAAAAAAUCAGUGUAUAGAAAUUCACUGUAAGAACAUUUCAGUGUGUAAAACUUCAGUGCAGAAAAAAUUAUGGGCAGCAAUAUUCAGUGUAAAAAAAUUCAGUGUGCAAAAAAUAUUCAGUGUUUAAAAAAACAGUGUAUAGAAAUUCAGUGUAAAAAAAUUAUGAACAGAAAAAUUCUGGGCAGAAAAUUCAAUGCAGAAAAAUUCUGUGCGAAAAAACUAUAGAAAUUCGGUGUAAGAACAUUUCAGUGUGUAAAACUUCAGUGCAGAAAAAAUUAUGGGCAGCAAUAUUCAGUGUAAAAAAAAAUUCAGUGCAAAAAAUAUUCAGUGUUUAAAAAACAGUGUAUAGAAAUUCAGUGUGAAAAAAAAUUAUGAACAGAAAAAUUAUGUGCAGAAAUAUUCAAUGCAAAACAAUUCAGUGCAGAAAAAUUAUAGAAGUUCGGUGUAAGAACAUUUCAAUGUGUAAAACUUCAGUGCAGAAAAAAUUAUGGGAAGCAAUAUUCAGUGCAAAAAAAUAAGUCAGCGUAAAAAAAUUCACUCAUUGCAGAGAAAUUCUGGGCAGAAAUAUUCAGUGUACAAAAAUUCAGUGCAAUUUAAAACAAAAACAAACAAAAAAUUUUUUUUUUUAAUUGACUAAGAAUUGUUACAAAUAAAAAUCAAUGUUUAAAAAUGAAGUGUAAAAAAGUAAGUGUCCAGAAAUUCAGUGCAAAUAAAUAUUCAAUGUUUAAAAAACUGUGUAUAGAAAUUCAGUGUAAAAAAAAAUUCUGGGAAGAAAUAUUCAAUGCAAAAAAAUUCAGUGCAGAAAAAUUGUGUAAAAAAAUCAGUGUAAGAACAUUUCAGUGUGUAAAACUUCAGUGCAGAAAAAUUAUGGGCAGCAAUAUUCAGUGUAAAAAAAAAAAAGUCUGUUUAAAAAUUCAGUGCAAAAAAAAGUCGGUGUAAAAAAUUCACUCACUGCAGAGAAAUUCUGGGCAGAAAUAUUCAGUGCACAAAUAUUCAGUGCAGAUUUUUAAAAAACUAAAAAAAACUUUUUUUUUUAAUUGACUAAGAAUUGUUACAAAUAAAAAUCACGAUUAAUUGGAAAAUCUUUUUUUUUGACACUCCUAAUAUAUUUUAUUGGUUUGGACGAUGAAAAAUAUAAAAAUGGCCGCUGCGUGUUGUGAUGUGACGUUUGGACACCCCUGCUCUACUGACACACUCAGUGGAUAACUGUCCACAUAUGUAGUCCAUACCGCAAUAAAUAAUAAAUACGUGUACUUUUAAACAGACUACUUUAUUGAAGUGUCGAGUAUUUAAGAUCAGCGUGCAAAAACCACAUUUAAGAGGUAAUUAUGCAUUGGGGAAUACGUUUUUUCAAGGAGCCAUGAAUCCCAUCUCUACUACAAAGUAGAUAUUCAACUUUUAAAAAAAAUAUAUAUAUUAUAUUGUCUUUUAAGCACAACGUUUUGUUAAAAACGACCAUGUUUUUAAGCACUAAGUAGUUUUCGAACAUGAUAAAACGAUCAUCAAAAUCAGGGGUGCCCAAACUACGGCCCACGGGCCGGAUCCGGCCCGCCGGCGUCCAAAAUCAGGCCUGCGGGAAGUCCCAAGUAUAAAAUGUUUAUUUUAUUUUUUUCUGUCUUUUCUUAUCCACUUUGUACCGCUUGCUACUCACGGUGUCUCCUAGCCGCUCAGGCAAAUCAUAUUGUCUAAAAAUGCAUUUUCUCAUCGAUAACGUGACAUCAUCGCGCACGCGGAAAGUGCACUAUAUAUAUCUAAUAUAUAUAAUAUAAUAUUUAUAUAUCUAAUAUAUAUAUACAGGGGUACCCAAACUACGGCCCGGAUCCAGCGUCCAAAAUCAGGCCCGCCGGAAGUCCCAAGUAUAUAAAUAAAUAAAUAAAAAUAUUUUUUUCUGUCUUUUCUUAUCCACUUUGUACCGCUUGCUACUCACAGUGUCUCCUAGCCGCUCAGGCAAAUCAUAUUGUCUAAAAAUGCAUUUUCUCAUCGAUAACGUGACAUCAUC